AGGCCCCGCCCCGCCACUUCCGGUCCCGCCGCCGGGAGCCGGUGCGGCUGUGAGGGCUGGAGCUUCUUGCUGCCGCCGCUUGUCGGGCAUGGUGUUGGAUGCCGGCCCGCCUCGCCUGACUCGCGGUGCUCAGAUAACCCUGAGGAGAAGGCAUUGUAGAGUGGGGCUGAAGAAACAGGUGCUAAUGUGCUUUCAGAUGUCUCCCAACUCUAUUGAGGUAUGGCUGAACUGCCCCUUCACUUCGUGAUUGAUCAGUGUGUAAACCUGACACCAUGACCAUACUUAGCACAUCUUCUGGAGGUUACUGUGAAGAAAGGUGGCAGUAAUGCUAACGCUGGCAAGCAAGCUGAAGCGGGAUGAUGGUCUCAAAGGAUCCCGGACAUCAGCCUCCACAUCUGACUCUACUCGACGGGUCUCUGUGAGAGACAAGUUGCUUGUAAAAGAGGUUGCAGAACUUGAAGCUAAUUUACCCUGUACAUGUAAAGUACACUUCCCUGAUCCAAACAAGCUUCAUUGCUUUCAGCUGACUGUAAGCCCAGAUUUUUUGUUUUGUUUUGUGUUUUUAAUAGAUGAGGGUUACUACCAGGGUGGAAAAUUUCAGUUUGAAACUGAAGUUCCUGAUGCCUACAACAUGGUGCCUCCCAGGGUGAAAUGCUUGACUAAAAUCUGGCAUCCCAAUAUCACAGAAACAGGGGAAAUAUGUCUAAGUUUACUAAGAGAGCACUCAAUUGAUGGCACUGGCUGGGCUCCCACUAGGACAUUGAAGGAUGUUGUUUGGGGAUUAAACUCUUUAUUUACUGAUCUUUUGAAUUUUGAUGAUCCACUGAAUAUUGAAGCAGCAGAACAUCAUCUACGAGACAAGGAGGAUUUCCGGGACAAAGUGGAUGAAUACAUCAAACGCUAUGCCAGAUGAUAAGAGGGGAGAUUGCAGUUCUGAGGACUUUGUCACAGUUGUCUCUGAUGUGAAACAGCUAGAGGUAGCCCUCCUCCCCAUCCUCAUACUCCCUGUCAGCCCCUUGGGGUUGCCCCAGUCUUGCGACCUUGUUGUCCUGAAGAAGACCAUUCUCCUGACUACACAAUACAGCAAGAAAGUGUCUGGGCCUCGCCUCGAGAGCAUUGUCUGCUUCCCUUAACAUGUUUCCUGAAACUCUGUCUAGGCUGUGGGAUUCCUCCGAAGUUGUAAUGAACUCACCAUUGAGGAUAGCACUUGCUUCCCUUACCCCCAACAAAACCGGUGUCCUGCACAAGUGAUGUAAUGACAUGUUUGGUGUGACUGGCAGAUUGGCAAUAAGAAACCCGCUAUAAACUGUGAUUGGAUGCACAUUCUCUUAGCUUCUUCCACGAAUGUUGGCCCUGCCUAGAUGUGAAGCUUCCCAGAAUGCAUAGUCAUUCACUGUAGAUCUUACUGAAAUGCGUAUUUUAUUUAAUGUAAGUAUAUUUUGGAACAGAUUUGUAAUUUGUACAAUUUGAUGCUUUAAUUAUUUUUUUCUAUUCUCAAUUAGUUUGUAUUUUCAUUGUAUAGAGCAGACACAAAGAAAUUGGGUCAAGCAACUCUUGAAGAGAAAUACAAAGAGACCGUGAAAGGCACAUUACUCAGUUUCUGCAGAUGUAGCAAGAAUCGGCUGCUGGGUAUCAGCUCUUCCUUCAGGUCCACAUGUGGCAAGGAUGUUUUGGAGACUUAGUACCUAGACCUCGAUGAUCCAAACCAAAGGCAGGAGUCUUGCCUCGUAUGCUACUCAGACACAGCAGGCUGAGCCACCUAAGCAAGGGUGGUGGCCGACUGCAGUUGUCAUGGCGUGAGCCAGGGCUUCCCUAACAGCAAGAGGAAAUAUCUGGGGAAUCAGCUCAGUCUCUGGUGCUGCCAAGACUGCACUGUGGCUGGCUUCUGACUGCCAGUGGUUCCAAGCCCUUGGGAGUCUCAUGGACCUUGGUAGGCUUAGCAGCAGCAGUUACCAUACUCUGUCAGGGUAGAGCCCUUGAGGGUCGGGCCUGUAGAGAGAGGCUAGUAGAUUUAUUCUAGUUUUUUUUUUAGACACUUAAACCAGUGGAAUCUAAUGCAAAAUAAAUGUCUGGUUUUAUUCAC